AAAAACACGCGAGUCGUCUUCCUCGCAGAGUCGCAGCCAUUUUGCAUACUCGCAAAAUUUAUUCAGGUUCAGAAGUGUCCAGAUCUGGCACGCCUUGCUCCGCCUGGCCACGCCUUGCAACACCUCCUUACGCUUUCCCCGCGCUAAACGUGCAGCUCGUGAAACAUCCGACCGCCUCUGGCGAUUUCCUGCCGCCUCGCUCCGACGCUCUCGCCGACGCAAGCGAAGGCAUGCCUUUAAGAACACUGCCAGGGACCGAUUUCAAUGUUGCGGAGGCCAAGGAGCCCCAGAAUGCGAAACAAGAAGCUCAAUUCACAGACCCAGAUGUUAAGCGGCAAAUUUCUGCCAUUAGGGCUAUUCGUGAUGUUGAGACUGAACAUCUCCUGACUAAUUUGCGUUUGCUUCGCUCCUACUUCAACAAGGAACAGCAGCGAACCCCUCUAUUGCAAUAUUUUAAAGAGAACUUUCAAAACCUGUUGAAUGUAAGAAAUGGAGAAAAUGGACAAAUGGAAGUGCAAUGGAUUGAUAAAGAUGGCAAUGUAUCCAUGAAUGAUGGAAUGGAUUUACAUGAGACUCUUCUUCGCCGGUUGUCCAUUGCUUAUUCUGGUUGUUCAGCAGCAAUUCCAUCUCUUGGUGGCUUUGAGUUUUCUAGUAAAGCAGAUAAAACAAGCCUUCUGGGUGUUGAUAAUCCGCAGAUCAGCGACUUUGGUUUAGAGGAGCCAUUUGAUAGUCUGAUGCUAGGGAAGCAAGAUACUCUCCAAACUCCUGGGGUGAGUAGCCAGAGGCUGUCUAUUGGGAUGACACCGAAGACGCGAAGGCUCCCAAAGCCUGGGGAGAUGCUCUUAUCUGUCCAUGGCUCACCCCUUGGUGUUUACAAGGAAGACAACAUGGAAGCCAUACAUGAGUCGGAAGAGGGAUGACUGGCUUGAAAUGGCUCAAGUGGUCAAUUAGGAUUUACGACUGUGCAUUACUUGCCAAUCCAAGGUUCUUUACUCUACUUCUAGCAUUGUGCUAACAAUCACUGUAGUGCCUGAAAAUGCUCUUGUAUCAUUGUACUGACACCUUUGAGAUUGGAUUUAUGUGAAAUAUAUUCUAUCAUUUUCCCUGUAUAUAAUUCAUAUGUAAUUUUCGUCAUUUGUUUUAGUAAUUUCCCAAGAGAAUCGAACAUGAACGUUGAUUUAAGCCAGAGAAUUGUGAUAGACUACUCUGUUUUACUCUCAA